CAAGAAUGCCGUUUUCAAUUGUGUUCUGGUUUUUUUCAUAUAAAAACUUUUUAUGGUGACAAAAGUAGUCAUGAAAAACUGAAAGUUGGAUAGUAACUUCGGGAGACGUUUUAAAGGACUUAAUUGUUUCGUCUGGUUUUUCAAUUUGCUGUUUCUUCGGCUAAAAAUUAUUUCAGAAAAUUUGUUGCUAAAAAUUUGUAAAUUGCCUCGGUCCGACUUUUGAGUUAAAUUAUGAGGAUGUGAUCGAUUUGCAAAUGGUGAGAAAGUGUUAAUUUUUGAGAAGAUAGAACUCACAGGUGCAGAUCCAAAGUUGAUUGUGUAGAUAUUUUCCGGAUGACUUCAAAUGCGCAACCAGUGUGUUUCCUAACCGGAUAGCUUUCAGUUUGCAGCCUGAGCUACGGGACGAUGGUAGUUGUAACUGCGAUCUGAGUCCCAGACAGGACUACGGUCAAGAGCGAGGGCAUUAUUAGUAAUAAACAGCAGCGAACGCGCCGUUAACGUGGUGUCCUUCGAGCGAGCAUCAGGACUUUUUCACUUUUCCUCCCCUCAAAAAGGACGGUCUUAAUUGAUCCCCAGGCGGAUAUUUGAACAACUAGAAUUCACUGUGCGCUCCAAGUACAUUGAUGUAUUUGUCAGUGUAGUAAAUUCCGUGAGCCAGUAGCAUGGGAUUGAGGACAUCUCAACAGGUUAUUAGAGUGCUCUAAGUUCUGACGGACAAAAAUCUUCUCUACACCCGCAUCCUGCCUCUGAAUUUCGGGCUCGUGGUUAUUCGAGAAAAAGUAUUCCCCUUUCCGCGCAAUAGUAGUUCCUUCGCUGCCGAGUCCUCGAGAUGUUUUCGAACCCAAAAUCUAGUGUAUCCGGGAAGUCCGAACUCAUUACUUCGACGAAUGGGAAAUUUCCAGUAUCAUAAUGUACUUCUCUUAAGAAAAGUCCCUUCAAGCUUAUCUUCCUGUGGAAAAUCUUUUGGGAAAUGGCCUGUUAUUUUGCACAAAUGAACGUGAGAUUGUGAAUGAAUGGUAUACAAUUUUUUACGUGUUUGAAAAAUUAAUGCAUAGUUGAAUGGUGUUGUGUUGCGUCCGGGAAUUUUCCGUGAAAACAGUGCGUGGAAAGGUUUUUGUGUGUUUUUAAAAAGUGGACGGAAUAGCGCUGAUUUGAAUAUUUAAUGUAUGUAAAUUGAAAAGCAUAUCAAAAGUGAAAGUAAAGAAGCCAACAAAAAUUAACCCGUUUAAGUUGAAGAGUAGUUUAUCAGGCCUCAAUGAAUUAAGAGUGAAGAGGAUUCAUAUUCUUUGGAUUAGCAUCAUUUAACCGGAACCUGCAAUAGGAUAGAAGUUAUACUGGGAAGUUCAAGAUCAAGCAGAUUGUUAAAAUGGAAGGUCUAACUUUCAAGUUUUCACCGAGAUACACCAACAUAGAAUGCUUAGACUUAAUUCAUAUCAAUCAGUGCUGAACUACUAGAAUGAUUGGAAGCCUCAAAUUCUUAUCUCAAUGCAAUCAAAAAGCACAUUUCGAAAAAGUACAACAAUUUAUCAAAUUUCAAGAAAAAUGCGUCGCGAGGUCAUCGACGAAGGCCCACAAUUUUAAAAUAAAUUGAAAAACUAGUUCCCGGAGCGAUGCUCCAUUUUGGAUAGUGAAUACGCAAAAAAUUAAUCCAGAAGUUUAUUUCACUGAUUACGUGACGUGGAAGCAGUAUUUGAAUCGCUGAAUAUAUUUUAGUUAGCUAACGAGAAAAUCUGAAAUUACGACAAUAUGUUGCCGACACCAAAGAACGUUAUAUCUUUCAUGAAACAGAUGGUUGCACCAGAGGAGGCUGCAGCACAAAGCUCACCAGAUGCCACAUCGCUUUCUAGUAGCGCGUCAUCAGCUGCAACCGCUGCAGGAGGUGGGACCUUUGGUCGACUUAGACAAACUAUUUCGUCGUCCCUUCUAACAGCACAGGAUAAAGUUUCUAAAAUGUCGCCACGUCCUUCGCUGGUCCCGGAGCCGGAUGGCCAAUGGUCCGAAGGUUUGCAGCCACAAAAUAACAACAAUAAUAAUAAUAACGGUAGCAGUGGGCCAAAAGCUGGAGCAAACCAAGAACCAGGAAAGCCUCCAAGUCGAGCGGGGGCAUGUAGAGUGUGCCUGAAGGCGUUUAAGCCAGACGAUUUCAGUAAGACCUGUUUCGAAUGCCAACACCGCGUCUGUGACGAUUGCGCCAGUUAUAGUAAACCGGACGAAAAUGAGGAUAUGAAUAUGUGGCGAUGUAGUGUUUGUCGGCGGAAAAUGUCUUCGCGAGUAUGCAUACCGCAGGACUCUACAGACUCUUCUUUGGACGUGCCAAUUUUGGAAGCGCUCGUACGACGUCACUCUGACGCUAAAUUAGGAUCAAGUACGAAUUUGGCUCCCGGUGAUGGGGUGUCAUUAGCACCACCACGCAGCCCUGAACUUCGUAGGCAUUCAGAUGUCUCACCCGCAUCACUUAAAGAAUUGGAGAAGCUGAAAGGUGCCAAAUCGCCAGGCGGUGAAUCAGAUUGGCGGAAGCCGGGUCGAAGUAUCGCCCCAAGUCGGUCAUCCAGUCCCCCACGUCGCGGAGAAUUCGAUGGUGGGCCACCACCGGGCGCUGCUAGAAUGGGCUCUCGUCGAGGCUCACGAAUAGCACGACAGCAUAGUUACGACGAUGAUAUGAAAGGGUCCGGAACGACGACGACAGUUGGUGGCGGACAAAACGAAUUAGGCCUAGGAAUUCCUGCUAUGCCAAGAAGAAAAUCAGCUUACGACGUCUUUGCUCCGGGCAUACUUCAGCAAGCAGCAGCGAAUGCAGCUCAAGCGUCUGGACGCCCAGUUCCGCCCACAGACGCACUUCCUACAAUGCUGCCCCCAGGAUCAAGGCGCCCUUCGUUUCGAGUUCCACACCCUGCGGAGGACAUUGUACAAAAAGAUGAUUCGCCUAGUCCGGAUAAAGGAAGUCCUGUACUUACAGUUGAUGAGGACCGAAGGAUGCGGAGGAGAGGAUCUCAACUACCCGAUAUAGCCGCACUCCGCGACCGAGGAGCACUUCCUGCAACACAACUGAAUCCCGUGCCACCACCCAUUGCUGCUUUUACUGGUCCAAAUUUGGAAGACUUAGAAGCGCCCCGUCGACAAACAUCGAUGGACGGUGAAGCUAUAAAAAUAGUCAUACACGACGUUGAUUCCGGACCAAUCUGUGCAUCAAAGCGAAAAGUGAUUUUACGACGAGAUCCAACCGAUAAAGCACAUCGAACACGCGGCUUUGGAAUGCGAGUUGUUGGUGGCAAAACAGGAGCCGAUGGCCGACUAUUCGCUUACAUUGUGUGGACAGUUCCAGGAGGACCUGCAGAAAAAGGUGGCUUACAACAAGGCGAUAAGAUCUUAGAGUGGAAUGGAGUUUCUCUAAUUGAUCGGAGUUUUGAAGAAGUUUGUUCAAUAAUGGAUCGAACUGGAGAUGUGGUUGAACUUCAUGUUGAACAUGCAACAGAUUUCCGAAUGUGUGAUCUCUUAGAAGACGGAAUACCACCUGGAGGAACCGGUGGAGGAAGUCAAAGUGGCCCAAGAAAAUCCGGAGACGGACCGAUUGGAUUAGGCUUGGUAGCAGAUCCUGAUAUUACUGACAAAUCACCACAAUCGCCAACGAGACGGAAACUUCCAAAAACGCCGGAGCAAAUUGCACGAGAAAAGCAAGUGACAGGCAGAGUACAACUUCAAGUCUGGUUCCAUGGUGAAAGGAACGAGCUGGUGGUGUCUCUAAUGGCUGCUGACGAUUUAGCCCCUCGCGAUGACGCAUAUGGGCAUGGGCCUCUUCCAGAAGCGUACGCUAAAGUCCGGGUGAUUCCUAAAACUGGUGAUGGCAAUGUAGCACAAACGGAAGUCAGUCCACCGACUCAAAAUCCUAUCUGGAAUGCUACAUUAACAUUUGCUCAUAUAACUGCUGACAAUCUGAUGGAUAGGUUUAUCGAAAUCCAACUCUGGGACCUUGUUCCUCACACCGAGUCAAUUUUCCUGGGUGAAUGUAAUGUCGAGCUGCAGAAAGCUUUCCUCGAAGAUCGCGCAAUUUGGUGCCGGCUAGAGGACCCUAAAGGUCUUCGAGCAACUAGUAUAUCAAAGUCGCCUAGUGUAUCACCUCGAGGUUCCAUUGGAGGCGAUGUAACGCGGUUGAUACGACGCAGUGAUUACAGUAUACAGCGAUCAAUAUCAGACGACGUGGAUUCAAUAGGGGACGGAACAUCUCUACUUCACCCUGAUCAUGCCUGGAUUGCAGGGUCGCGGAGAGGAUCCUCACAAUCCGAGACGCUGGAAGUUGAAGUCUAUCAGCUGGGAAAAGAUUUUUCAAGAUCAUUGCCAGGUUCAAGACGAUCUUCGUUUCAGGAUCGUGAAGAAAAUAAGGAAGAGGAGCCAAUGCCCCCGCCAGCGAAUUACGUGCGCGAUCGCCGCCGGUCCUCAGUUGCUCGUCGUGAUCCGGAUGAAAUCCUAAAAUCUCUCAAAGCCGUCAGAGGCGAAUUAGGACGUGCAAUGAGCUUGUCUGGCACAGAGAAGCGUUCUCCAUCUAGACGAUCAAGUCGAGCACGUAAAGACAGUAUAAUGGUUGUAGGACUUCCGGAAAUGUUGCCUGUAGGAAUUGGGACGAAUGCAACAAGUCCCCCAUCGGAUGACGACGAUAAAGUGAGAGCUCGCUGGAAGGGAUCAGGCACCAUUAUUUCAACACAUGCCCAGUCCACAAAUGCUUUGAAGGCGGCUUCAUCGAUAACCACCGUAAAUAAGAUUCCACCGAAGGAACCAUAUGUGACACUUGGCCCCGGACAAAUACAUCCGAAAGGAUAUCGCUUGACUUCAGGUCGAUAUGGCGAGCUCAAAUUGGGCUUGUUCAAAAGCAAGGGAAUCGUUGAAGUUGAGGUUAUUAGUGCAAGGAAUAUCGUACCUGUUGACUGUGAAACGCCACCCGAUACAUAUGUGAAGUGCUACCUCAAGGACGGUGAUCGAUUGCGACACAAGAAAAAGACAAGGGUGGUGCGACACUCAGCCGAACCAUUAUAUAAGCAAACGCUCAAGUAUCAGAGUGUGGAUGUGUUUGGCCGCAACAUGGUAAUUAUGGUAUGGCAACGUUGCGUUGGUUUCGAGCACAACACCGGCUUAGGCGGAGCUGAACUGUCCAUAGACAAAUUGAGUCUAAGUCAACGUAUUGGCGGCUGGUACCCUUUAUUUCCGAUGCAUGCAUUUGGUUCUGAUUCGAACGAUUCUCCUUGACCGAUCAUUUUCAACAACGAAAACAUACAAACCAACUUCAAACAAUUAUUUGUUGUCCCGACUACAACUACUUUUGAAACUACACUUUUUGAAACAAUGAACAAAAGAAUGAUAUCGACAACACAGGUGAUAAUUUUAGUCGAAUAGAUCCUUUUCCAUAUAACUUUGUACUACGACAAUUACAGAAAAGUAAAGAAAUUGUAAUUUAAAAUCAAUGAUUUGAUUUGCGAAUCCGAAACCAAACAAACUAUUUAACGCAUUGGUUUUGUGCAAAAAUCUAGAAAAAAAUAACAAAAAAAGCGAAAAAGAUUAAAACCCCAUAAUGAAGACUUUAUUUUGACUUGGUAAGGAAGGGAAAGAUAUUUAAAUGUUGGAACUUAUUCUAAUUCAAAUGAGCUACAUAAAAUAUUGAAUAUAAAAAUCAUUUUGAAAUCGAUCAUGAUGCAAAGGUUGACAAAGAGAUAUUUUUGUAAAUGAACAUAUAAUGAGAUUCUAACUAUUUUAUGGAAAUAAAUUUUGCAUUUUAGUGAGAAAUUUAAACAAGAAUAUAUUCAAAUCGGGAAAAGAUGCGUUUACUAAUUUCAAUAAUAAUAACCACACUAAACAACUAUUGUAUUUGUAAACAAGAUACCUAUAUGAGAAUAUAUAUUAAAGUAUGUGUUUAUAAUUUUAUACAUGAGAUAUGCAAAAGGCGGAAACGCUAUAUGACUAAGACAGAAAAUAAUAUUUUUUGUGCAAAGUUGAUAAUCUAGAGUUUAUUAGUGUUGGAUUUGUAAAAGGAGAUAGUGUAACAUGGUUCUUCCAAGGACCAUGUCAGGAAGUUGGAGAUGAAUCAGUGAAGCACUCUACUAUAUAUAAAAUAGAGAAACUUACAUUUGUAUUUGAGAUAUAUAGUUAAUUUAAAUGAAAAGAAUUUUUAAAUACAGUUGGUACCUAUAACAAAAAUGAAAAUAACUUUACAUAGAUUUUGCGAAAAGUUAUAUUAACAUUUUUAACCUUGAAAAUAAUAGUUAUCAUUAUUUUGUAAUCGAUGAAAAUGUCGAUACUAUUUCAUACUGUCAUCAAAUCCUUCAAUUGUUUAUCAAGCUACGUAUAAAGAAAAAUGUUUCUUAGUUAUUUUGUUUUCAAAACGAGCAUAUAUUAAGAUCCAUUAUUUUGCCAGUUCUCUUUAAAAACCUGUCGUGAUUGAAAGAAAAUCUUAGGGUAGAAAGUUUUACAAUGACCAGAUAAGAUAUAAAGCAUUUUAUAUCUAAUAAACUUCUUCUUCCUCUUUAUUAGUAUUUGUCCCUUUUGAUACCGGAAUAGGCUCGUGUAGAUUGGAUUCGCGUUUUUCUCGGUCGAGUGAAAAAAGGGAGCCCGGGCGAAUCUUAUGAAGCAAAGACAAAUAUUGCAUGGUGUAACAAAACUUAGCUAAUAUAUAUGAGAAAAUGAUCGCUCCUUUUAAUCGAGAGAAACAGAGUUUUGCUGCAUUUCCUGACGAAAUUGUCUAUUCAAGGUUGCUAAAAAGUGCAAAUGCUAGUUCCGUACGCUCACUCUGCUGUUGUGUAAUACUUUUUAAGAGCUUAAUGAGUCCUACGAGUACCGUGUCGCUGGUGAAUGCAUAUAAGGGAUGCAAGAAAAUUAUUAAUUUGUAAAUCCAUUUAAUUUUCAAUGAAACUGUACUUGGCUUUCACUCUUUUCACUCUAAAUGUAAGUAAGUGUAAACCAACAGGAGCAAGACAAUCAAAAAAUGAACACAAACAUGCAUGACAACAGAGGAUCGCAACGAGAUCGAGACGCCAACGCUCAAGCAACUCACAACAAUAAAUGCUACUUCAAUGGCCUCGCACAUUGUUCAGGGUCAACCUAGUCAGUCUUAUCAAUUUCGUCGGCAAACCAAAUUCUUUCAUAGCCGUGUACAGUUUUACCCUGGCUAUGCUAUCAUAGGCGACCAUGAAAUCG